GAAUGGGAUGGAAGAAGAGUUCUUGUUUUGUAUAUCAGUUUCUGUCUUUUUAUGUAUUUUUGGUUAAAAAUCAAGCGAACAAAGCGAAGAUUCCUUCUUUUACGCUGUUCAAAACUUUAGGGCGCUAAAGGGGGUAAAUUCAUCCGCGGGAUAGGGUUGUAGUGGUGAAAUGCUCGGCUGUUUGUAGAUAUAUAUUUAAAUAAUUGGUGAGUGUGUGUAAGUGUUUGAAGAUCGGGGUUUGACUGCUGGAGGAGUGUGUACAAGGCUCCACCCCCAACUCUGCCAGUUGGAUGGUGUUCAAGACGGCAGACGCUGGGAAGGCAGCUGUGUUGGGUUUUGGGAAGAAGAGAUCGAUGAUGGAACUGCAGAAUUUACAGGAAGCACUCAAAGUGGAAAUCCAGAUCCAUCAGAAACUCGUGAGCCAGAUGAAGCAAGAUCCACAGAAUGCAGAUCUGAAGCUGCAGCUCCGUGACCUGCAGGCCAAGAUCACAGCGCUGAGUGAGCGGCAGAAAAAGGUGGUGGAGCAGUUAAGGAGAGAUCUACUGGUGAAACAGGAAGAUAUGAAGCUGCAGACACUACAAGCCGAUGGGCAAACAUCUACCUUGCUCAUCACGCAGACACAGACGCCUCUGCCUGCUGCCAGCCUCACUGCUCCACAGAGCUCUGUGGCUCCUGUCAUUGCUUCAAAGACUCUACCUCUGGUGCUGAGAGCUGCCACACACACCUCACCUAUCAUCAUGACACCAGCACCUACUUUCACCGUGGUUACAACCCUCGGCAGCACACUCCUGGCAAGCCCUCCUAGCUCAGAUCCUCAGAAGUCCCCAGUAAACUUCCAACCGGUCAUCCAAACAACCAAUCAGGGAGCAGAGCCACUGCAAGUCAUACCCAACAGCACUGUUGUUGUGCAAGCUGCCUCCCAACCAAUCAAAGUUCCUCAGUUUGUUCCUCCAGCCAGACAGACAACUCGGCCAGCCACUCUACCACAGGUCAGACCAAAACCUCCAGCGUCUUUGUCUCCAGCUGCUGGUCAGGUUUCUGUGCACACCUUACAGUCACCGGUUUUACUGAGCACUGCCCUCCCUUCCUCUGGUCACGUCCAGCAGAUGCGGAUCCUCAAUGGCCUGCCCUGCCCCAACAGCUCUAACAACACAAACAUCCCGAUCUCCCCAUCUACACAAACGCAGCCAUCUGCACAGAGACACACACAGCACUUACCUCACAACAGCCCAAGCUCUGACAACACGAUACCCGCAGUGGAAUAUGGGACAGAGCCAAAGACUUCAUUGCUCAUCUCUCCAGACACGCCUACACACACUUCACCUCCACAGUCUUUAGAUACGGCAUCUUCACCUACCCCCACCAACACACACACUCCUGCCUCCAAACAUCAGGAGAGCCCUCUGAAACUGGCCUUCAUGUUGUCUCUGGGACUGGUCACCCGUGACUAUUUAGAAGAGAUUCAAAGCAGGCGUCAGGAACGCAAGAGACGAACAACAGCAAAUCCAAUAUAUAGUGGAGCCAUGUUUGAACCAGAGCGGAAGAAGAGCUCAGUGUCGUAUCUGAGUUCCAUAAACCAGUCCAGCAGGAAGAGAGCCAAUGAGGACAGCUUGUCAGAGAUUCUGCAGAAGGAAGAUGCCAUUGAGUGGCCAGGGACUCUUGCUAUUGUCCAUUCCUACAUCUCCUAUAAAGCAGCUAAAGAGGGAGAGAAAGAUCGUCUGAAGACAUGGAGCACAGAGCUGCGGCAGGAGAGAGAGACGCUGGAGCACAGAAUCGGACAACUCAGCAACUCUAUAACAAGCUGUGUGGACAGCAAGAACAGCGUACUGGCCCAGCAGAGAGAGAUGGAGGCUUCGCUUGAGAAGAUGAGAGGGCUGGUGCAUCUGAUCAGAGGGAUCCAGUUGUCUCCCUUCAUCUGCCCUGGGGUCAUGGCGAAUGGAGAAACCUCCCACAAUGGAGCUUCCAAGCCCAGCAGCUUCAGCGCGGUCACCACAGACACAAACAACAACACAAAUACCCUAACAAGCUCCUCAGAAGCGACGGUGAUAAUUAACACCCUCACAAACACGAGCGAUACCUUUAAGCAGAUCGCCACGAAUAACAACCCAGAGGCUGCAGGUGCGAAGAGCGAUGAGGGCAGUGAGGAGAGCGCACAAAUCAACAGCACGUCCAGAAUCAAGAGCCAACCCACAAAUAUAAACGCCACAGCCUUCAGCAAUAACAGCAGCGACCAGACGCUUCUCAGUACCAACGGAGCCGUGUCCACAGGGGAGGAGAAUACAAAAAAACACAAAAACAACAAGGACCUCAGCGUCAUCCCACAGGCCCUCCUCGGCUCAAUCCUACCCCUUACAGAAGUGUCAGAGGGGGUGAAAUAGCAUCUACUACACCGCCGCAGUUGGGGCCUAAAGCGUGCCAGUUAACAGUGUUGUUGUUUCGUGUUUUUGUUUCAUCUCUUGUAUCUAUGAGGGACAGAAAAUCCAUAGUGCCAUUUACUACAUGCAGGAAGGAGGUUCCUAAAGUACCAGCAAUGUGUAUGCUCACGUAUGCACACCGAAAAGAUUUCUACAAAGAAUAAUGAUAUAGAAAAGAGUAAUAAAAUGUAAAGAUAUCA